CAAUUGUCUUACUUUCUUCUAUUCCUAAUUAAUCUUGAAAAAGAUUAAUGAUUAUUAUUCUCUAAAAGCAGCAGUAGCGGUCUAUUACUAGCUUUGUGUCAGGACAUCACCUGAUCAGAGUUGAAUCCUGACGUCUUCAAGAGGUUUGGAGCCGUUACAUUGAAUAAUAGUGAACCGGAAGAAUACCUACUCUCAGUUCUAUAGUUAUGGUCAUUCAUCUUAAUUUUGACAGCAAGGUUGGGUUUUUUUAUUGAUAGCCGGUGUAAAUAAACUUCGAAACCAUACGAAAAAAAACUUUUCUUCGCUGUUGUGGGACAAAUGAAAGUUCUAGGUUUCAAUGCGAAGCGAAAUGAAAGGUCGCGGGCUGUUGGUUUGAGCUUUGUUAAGCAAAAGGCCAAAAGUUAGCCAGACGUGAAUCAUUGUGUCUUCAAGAGGGAUUUAUAAGGAUUGUCAUGAAAGUGGCUUAACCACUAUAUAAAACCUUGACAGCUUCGCACAGCACAUCAACAUAAUUCGUAAAUCCUGUGCCUGAUCAGCAGUGAUAGUCACGCCAAGUAAUGCUUAAGAAUAAGACCCAGUGUAAUGUGUCCUCAAUCAGAUGCCACCAUGGCUGACACAGAAAAAGCACGGAGUGUUCUUGCAUUCAUAGCUAUUCUAGGCGGAUUAUUUAUAACAGACACUUCAGCUCGCCGUUGUCCUACUGCUGGCAUAUUGGCCGGUUACAGUGGAGUUGUAUCGAGUCCUCAUUUUCCUGAGGAUUAUCCUCAUCGUGUGAACUGUGAAUGGAUCAUUAUGGUACCAAAAGGAUACCACGUUCAAUUGGUCUUCACCACCUUUGAUAUAGAAUACUGUGUAUUUUGUAAAUGUGAUUAUGUGGAGAUCCGAGACGGCCGAAAUUCCUCGUCUCCUUUGCUUGGAAAAUAUUGCGAAAAUGGUAAAUUGUCGCCCAUCUAUUCAACCGGAAGACAUUUGUGGAUUAAAUUUUAUUCUGACGUUGGUGCAAGAUUUCAAGGUUUUCGCGCCGUUUAUAAAGCCAAAAAGACAGGACAAACUUAUGGAAAAAUYAUUAAUGUCAGAGGAGAACGUGGUCUGAUCUCUAAUCCCAAGACUAUCGCGGCCUGCGGUGCCGACCGCCGAUGCGCGUGGCUUGUCCGGGUUAAAAAGGCUAGUCAAAUAAAGCUUAGGUUUGAUCGGAUAUCACUUUCAGAAUGCUCGACACCUUGUGGAUGUGAUUAUAUCGAAGUCAGAGAUGGAAGUAAUUCAUCUGGUAGACUGAUUGCAAAAUUCUGUGACAGUAUUGCAAAACCGGAAAAUAUUUGUUCAAGCACAAAUCUUCUUUGGAUUCAAUUUAAAUAUGGAUUAGACCUUGCGGAUCAUGGUUUUCGGGCUACUUUUGAGAGAUCUCAAUGUAAAGCCAGAAAAAGUCCAGAACCUACGAUACAAGUCAUGACAGGUACACUGGAUACAGUCGUUGGUCUGUUAUGCGCAAGCUUCGUUUUUAUGGCUUUUAUGACAUUAUGCAUGGURUGCAUUGCGAGUAGAAAAAUAUCAUUUAAUAGAAAAACGCGUAACUCGAACACAACUAACAACCAAGUAACAAGAGAACAAGAAGAAAUGUGUGAUAUCAAUCUUUUGGAAAAGGCUCCCAACAUUUGUCCGCAUCAUACGCAUGCGUACUGGCACUACUCCAAAAGUUCUGAGACUGAUUACAGUGAGGAGACAGAAAAACAUGGAUGUGAAUCCGAGAAUGAAAUUCCGGUACAUUUUUGCCGGAAUUGCAAGAAAGGGCCACACAAUCGACCCAUAGCAGUUUUAUAACAUUUUUAUAAAUAAUAACUUCUGAGCUUAUUAAGUUGUUGUUUUUUUUAAUUGGAAAAAAAUAUUUUUUAUAAAAGGAAAGGUAGGAUGCAGAUUCGGGAGGUGGAGCUGGGGUUAUAAAUGAGCGUAACAGUCAACUCCCAAGAAAUUCUUCGAUAUAUAGAAUUGAAAAAGUUCACUCGAAAAGUGAYAAACUUUAAGAUUUGUAAAAAUUAAAUUACUAUAAUGUUGAAUUCUGAGUCUAGCGUAAKCGAAUAGACUAGAAACUGAAGGCAAAAAUGUAAAUAAUAUUGGCCAAGAUAAAUAUUUUAAAACUAUUAAACGAAAAAAGGAGCAUGUGUGUCCCAGCAGAURUAACUUAAAUUUUAUAUGAAUGUCAAAAA